UAAGUAGGUUGUCAUUUGAAGUAUCGCUAAAUGACAUGCUAAAAAAAUAAUCCGGGUUGGAUUUGGAUCUACAUCUUUAAAGCUUAGUUUCCAUUCCAAUCAAUGAGUGAAUAUGCAAACAGUAGCUGAUUGAAACUUCGACAGAGACAACAAACAGGCUAAAUGAUGGACCUUGAUGCUAAGGGCACCAUCGAUAUUCCAAACAGUAUGCGACAAGUAUAUUGAAAUCCAGGAAGGUGGCACUGGCUCAGGCCUCAGCAUGCGCGAUAUAUUCCGUGGACCCUCUGUCUUCUCAUAAUUUCGUUUAUUAAACUCUCUCUCUUUUUCACUAACUAUCAAUGAUCCAUUCAAACGAAGUGGAAUUUGUAUGGGGCUAAGGCUGCCCCAACGCGUUACCCUUACCCACCCUUUUUUGAAUCCAACGACCACAAUGAUCCAUUUGUUUGACUUCAUACAAAAUCUCCUUCACACAAAAAAAUAUAUCCUUGGUUACCGACUUCAACUCUUUCCGCUCAAAAUUAAGAUUUUUUUUUUGUAUAAUUUAGGCAAGAAUAUUAAAUAUGGUAAAGUAUUGAUUUAUUAAUAGUAUUUUAUCAUGUAUUCAUGGGAUUAAAAAAUAAAUAAAAAGGUAAUUUAUCCAUAUAGGUCGGAAGGCAAAAAGAUAAUAACCCACCAUUACAACCACAUAAUAUAGUAAUAACUUGUUUACGGUCCAAUUCUGUCAUUUGCUUUUCUCCUUCUGUCAUUACAACUUCAAAGUUUGAGCCCUUAACUUUCCCUUCCCACACAUCACUAAUGGCGGACCAUGAUGUAUCCUCACCUCUCCUCCAAUCUCCACGAGCAGAUCAUACCCAAGUUAUUAUCGCAGUCGAUGACGAUUCCGUUGACGAACCAUUGGAUCAACUUCAACCCUCCCCAAUCAAGCAUAACCACAACCACAGCCACAACCACCUUUUUCCUAACUAUCAAUCCAAUAAUUCUGGAAACCCUUAUGAGUUUAUUGGCUCUGACGGCUUUUCUGUAUCGGGUCCCUCCACUUUGAAUCCGUUUCAAAACGAGACGCCGGAGAUUGAUGGUGUUUAUGAGGUUUUAAAGAUUGUCUUGUGUUUGCCAAUUGCAUUGAUUAGGCUUGUGCUUUUCGGGUUGUGUUUGUUGGUGGGUUAUUUAGCUACGAAGUUGGCGUUGGAGGGUUGGAAAGACAAGCAAAACCCUAUGCCCUUGUGGAGGUCUCGUCUCAUGUGGGUCACUAGGAUUUGUGCCCGCUGUAUUCUCUUCUCUUUUGGCUAUCAUUGGAUUAGACGGAAAGGAAAACCUGCUUCAAGGGAGAUUGCUCCUAUUAUUGUAUCGAAUCAUGUAUCAUAUAUUGAACCAAUCUUCUAUUUUUAUGAAUUAUGCCCUACAAUUGUCGCAUCAGAGUCACAUGAUUCUAUACCCUUUGUUGGAACUAUUAUCAGAGCAAUGCAGGUUAUAUAUGUAAAUAGGUUCUCACAAUCUUCAAGGAAGAAUGCUGUUAAUGAAAUAAAGAGAAAGGCUUCGUGCGAUAGAUUUCCUCGUGUGCUAUUAUUUCCUGAGGGGACCACAACAAAUGGGAAGGCUCUUAUUUCUUUCCAACUUGGUGCAUUCAUCCCUGGUUUCCCUAUCCAACCAGUUGUUGUUCGCUAUCCCCAUAUACACUUUGACCAGUCUUGGGGGGAUAUAUCCUUGGCAAAGCUCAUGUUUAGAAUGUUCACACAGUUUCACAAUUUCAUGGAGAUAGAGUACCUUCCUGUUGUUCAUCCAAACGAAAAUAAUAAAGAAAAUGCCUUCCAUUUUGCUGAGAGGACCAGCCAUGCUAUUGCAUCUGCUCUCAAUGUUGUACAAACAUCUCAUUCAUAUGGAGACUUAAUGCUACUCAACAAAGCAUCUCAAUCAAAACAGGGAAAAUCCUCAAGUUAUAUGGUUGAAAUGGCUAGGGUUGAAUCAUUAUUUCAUAUAAGCAGCUUGGAAGCUGUGGACUUUCUGGAUAAGUUUCUGUCUAUGAAUCCAGACAGCAGUGGUCAUGUCAAACUUCUGGACUUCUUGAGAGUUCUAAGGCUCAAGUCUUGUAACCUUUCUCAGGAGAUAUUUGGAUUCGUUGAUGUAGAUAAGAAUGGAUCGAUCACAUUCAAGCAGUUCUUAUAUGCAUCAGCUCAUGUCAUGAAACUGCCGUUAUUCCGACAAGCCUGUGAACUAGCGUUUGCUGAAUGUGACACUGAAGGAAAUGGUUACAUUAAAGAGCAUGAAUUGGGAUUAAACAUUAGACCUGCCAUCCCAGAUUUGAACAAGGACGAGAUCCAUGGUCUGUUCAGUUUAUUUGACAGCGACGGUGAUGGGGAGGUGAGCAAGGAUGAAUUCGUGUCCUCCCUACGAAAGAAUCCUCUUCUAAUAGCCGUAUUUUCACCUAGUUUGUUGCACAGAUACUUGUCAGGAGCUGACAAUAGGACGUUGGAGAUUGUUUGA